AUGAAUGUUGCACCGGAGAUUUUUCAAAGGCAAGAAUAUACUAAAAUGGCUUUGUUAGUACAGGGUGGAUUGUUAAGUACGGCAGAAGAAAGAGAUAAAAAUGUUAAACAAUUCCUAAAACCAUUUUGUUCUACUUUUUGUUCAACUCCUCAGAUAGUUCAUGUUGAGAUCAUCAUCACCUACAAAUAUUGCUGUUGUGGAUACUACGCAAGUAAAAUAAUAAAAGCUCUUUUUGCAAAUGACAACACAACAUUGAAAAUUAUGUAA